AGCUCAUCUCUGCUUGGCUUCCUUGGUACAAUCAGAAAUUCCGCGGAACUCACCAUACGAACCAUUCAGCCAUAAUAUUGAAAUAUUGAUAUAUUCAUACUCGUCUCCAUGGAUCAGUGAAUCGAUGCCAUCAUGACCCUGAUUAGGAGUCAACCGAGUUCCACCCAAGAGAACUUGGAUACGAACAAUACGCCUGGCUACGUUCACGAUGUCCAGAUGAUGAAAGGAAGUGGCGGAUGCUCGGCGGAGUUAAAAUCUCUGGGCGAGUAUGUGGAAAAAUCGUCCGUGUCGCACCCGGAGUUGAGUCCCGAGGUGAUGGCGCGAUUUCGGGAUCUCUGUCCCCUGGUGGCCCAGAAGGAACGGGUGAUCCACGUGCAAGAUGAGGAGGAUGCCAAGAUCCUCAAGUUCAUCUUCCCCAUGAUCUUCUCGCCCAACGCUAGUUUCCGCCAAGGAGCGCGGAAUUUGGUCAACGCGUUCACGAAGCUGCCCAAGGACUUUCACAUACACGACUUCUUGCCCGAAUUCGAGGCCCAGGGCAAGUUCUUCAAGUGGAUGUUGGACGAGAUCCUCAAGGAGCAGAAUGUGGAAGCUUUGCUCUCCUGGCAAACGGUGAUCCGGGCCUUGGGCAAAUUUAUCCACACCUCCAAUGGGACGGGCGUAUUGAAUUCGCUGCUGUCCAUAGCAGAGAAGGGCUUCAAGAGUCCGGAGAUUGAGAUCCGGAGGGAAACAUUUUACUCGUGGGAGACGCUCAUCAAUAAUUUCGCCAUGAGUGAGCUCAUCCUGAAUCAACCCAAACGCGUCAAGCUCAUCACUCGACCUUUGAUCACUCAAAGCAAUUUGAACAAGGAGGUCUUGGCCAAGUUGGGGGUCAACCUCCAUCUCAAGCAUCAUGCCACGGUGGUAGUGCCAUUCCUCGAGCUCUGCUAUGGCCCACCCAGUGGCCCCGAGGAGCCGAGCACCAAUGUGAAGCAACUCAACAAUGGGAGCUCGACGUUGGUGCCUCCUCCUCCUCCUCCUCCUCCGCCUUUGAGUCCAGUGAAGCGGUUCGAGUGUCUCCAAUCGCGGUCUUUGGAGGCCCUGGCCCAAUUGUUCCACUGUCCCGUUGUUUCGCGAAAUGUCAAGCCUCUGGAGUUGAGUGGGGCCAAAAUUGAGGUCAAGAACUUUGUCAAGAAUCACGCCACUUUUAUGCACUCGCUCAAGGAGGCCUUCAACUGUCUCACCGUGCAUUCGUCCGGCCGAAGUUCCCAAGAAGACGUGGCCAACUUCCAGCUAUUGUUUCAGGCAUUCGUUGGCAUUAUUCAUUCGAUCGAAAACACGUCGGAUAAGACGGAGAUCGCCACGAUUUCCACGUUCUUCAUUGUCACGUUGUAUCUCAUCUCCGAGAGCUUCUCACAUCCUCACACGCAAUCUUUGGCAUUAGUGAUCCUGGAUGAGGUGAAACGGUUCCCGUCCAGUCUGCUCAACUCUCGGGGAAUAUGGAAGCCCAAACUUGAUCCACCCGGGUUGACCUUUACCAAAACCGUGCUGGGGGCGGGCUUGCGCCACGCCUCCGUGAUGGCCACGCCCGAACAGAAAUCUGAGCUUAUGGCCAUCACGCAAACUUUGCUCAAGAAAGGCUGUGCGAACAAGAACGAGACCUUGAAGUUCUUGCAGGCCUCGAUUCAGGCCUUGGAACAGAACGUGAACACCAAUGAAGAGAAGACCUGGGAUCUGAUUACUCUAGGCUGGACCUCCAUUGCCUCGACGUUGAAGGAUCAUCUGGAUAAGCAUAUGGAAAUCAACCAAGCCGAUUCUCCCAUUGUUCACUGUAUCGAUGGAACUCUCGAUGUGAUGGCGUUUCCUCUGAGGAACGGCCAAAUCGGGAAGGGCUUUUUCAAGCUCUGGACCGACUUAUAUGGACCCAUGGCCAACGCAGCCGCUUUGAUCAUGUCCUACAAUCCUCCUGAAAUUGAGGCCAAACUCUCCGAGUCGAUUCUCAAAGAGCUUGAGCAAGCCAGUCUGCAGGAAUUCAAGACUCUGCUCAGACUUUUCGGCCAACACAUCGUUCAAGGAAUGGCUUUCAAGGCCAUGAAUGACGCUGAGCACGAUCUGGACGAGAAGCGGGUUCAAACCGUUGCCAAUUGUAUGGGAGGCAUGGUGGACGUGUUCUCCAAAUUCCGACUUCAGGCCGAAGCCUCAGAUGGGAUCCACGUGCUCAAAGCGAUUGGUCUGAUGGCCAAUGGGCUGACCUCGGUCAGAUUCGCCACCAUCUUUGUCAAGACGGUUUUGCCGAAAACGAUCAUGCUCUUCUCCAAGGACAUGAUGAAGAAGUUCGGCAAAGCUUACGAAGACCAACUGGAAAAGACGACCGAGAGUAUGGUCCUCUGUUUUGAGUUGCGAUGUCCCGACCAAUGCAAUGCUUCCCUGCUCAAUACACUGAAUGGCUUCCUCGUCACGCUCAUUUCUCACAAUAAGAGAUUCAUCCGCGAUCGAGCCCAGAAAAUGUGGCAUUCCACCUUUGCUCGGGUAGUAAAACCGGAAGAGAUUCCCGUUGAAAUUUGCUCAAUACUGAAGAAGAGUCUGGUGAGUAGUACCAUUUCCGCCAGUGAGGACAGCCAAUCUUUAGAUGUGACAUUGCCGUCACAUUGCCCUGCAUCAAUCCGUUGUAGCAUAGCAAUAACUUCGACCACCACUCCUUCAUCUCCCGCCACCGAUGGGAGAAAGCCCAAUUCGACCAGCGACAGUCCUUCAGCUUUUGGAAGCUUCCUGAAACGCAACGGAGCCACGCCCACCAAGGCUGAAUUAAAGGAAGGCUCUUCCCCGUGGAAGUUCAAGAAGCCCUCCUCUGAUUCCAAGAGUGCUGCUAAGGCGAGAAAGACGUUGGAGGAUGAGAGUUCCCAGGACUUUGUCAAGAUCACGCCCUCCAAGAAAUCCAAAAAGCGCAUCCUCACCGACCAUCAGAAGGACGUUCUAACCAGUCGAAAGGAUGAUAUUCCGGCCUUGUAUUCUGAACUGUCCCGUGACGAUUCCUCCUCUCAGAUGGGUCUUCCCAUGGAGUUUUCAAGCCAAUCAUCUUUGUCUCAGGAUGAAGCCAUGGAUGAGUCCGUGUUCCAGGAGCAGAUGAGCAAGACCGAAAAAGAAUCCGAUGAGAGUGGGGCUCAUCGCAAGCGGAAAAAUAAGACUCCCGUCAAGAACUUGCCUUUCAUCUCCAAGCGAGUCCAAGGCAGUCCAAGCUCGAAACCUGGUCCCAAGUCCAAGAAGACGGCGGCCGUGGAGGCCGUGGCGGCCAAUAAUGCAAAGGUUCCUAUUGAAGGGACCGCCGACUUCGAAGGAUCCUCCAUGAGCGAGUCGUCCGAGUCGUCGGGUGGACGAUCUCGCCGACGUCGAAGCAAAUCCAGAUUGUCCUUGAUCAACGGAGACAUGUGUCAAUCAUCCGAGGUGAAAUUGUCCAAGCUCUCUCCAGCCAUGGACGAGCUGGUCCAGAGCUCACCUGUGAAGGUGGUUCAAGAGAAUCCUUUGCGUUUAGAGCCCGUCCCGGACGAAGCCUCCUCACUCACUAAUGAGCCCAGCAAAAAAGUGGUCAAGGAAUUGAAAUUCGAUGGCGUCGACAAUGGCGUCGAAGAGCAAGACGUGAUCGAGAGUAGUCAGGUGGUGGAUGCCCGAGAUGAGAUGAGCAAAAGUCGUGUGACCCGAAAGCGACGACGAUCGGCGUUGUUAAAUAGCACCGCCGAGGAUUCUCCCAAGAAGAAUCUCAAGCUGAGAAGCUCAUCCAAUAGCGAGUCGCCCAAUCCAUCCUCUCUGUCAGCCAACCGGAUCAACAAAUAUGGAGAGACUCCAUUGCAUGGGGCAGUCAAGAAAGCCGAUCUGGACCGGGUCCGAAGCCUUCUGGAGAAAGGUGCGGAUGUGCACAAAGCCGAUCAUGCUGGCUGGACCCCCAUCCACGAGGCUAUUCGUGACCGCCCAAAUGCAUUGGAGACCAUUCAACUUCUUCUCGACCAUGGAGCCAAUAUCAAUGUCCAGGCUCUGGAUGGUAACACCCCUCUCCAUGACGCAGCCUCGUAUCUCUCCUUGGAAAUGAUCCAGUUCCUUGUCAAGAAUGGUGCCGAUCCCAACAUCAAGAACAAGGACGGAAACACGCCCCUGGAUUUGGCUCCACUGGUUCAUAAGAAGGCAUUGAAGGCAGCCCAGAAAGAGGCCAAGAAGGAUGCCAAGAAGGAUGCCAAGAAGGAUGCCAAGAAGGAUGCCAAGAAGGAUACCAAGAAGGAUACCAAGAAUUCAAGUAGAUCGCCAAGUAGAUCGCCAAGUAAAUCGCCAUGCAAAUCACCAAGCAAUUCACCAAGCAAGUCGCCAAGCAAUUCGAAAGGAUCAAAAGAGAUUGGUUCGUCGCCCAAGAAGAACUCACGAAGCGUGCCCCCAACCAAUGACGAUUCAGUGGUCAAAGAAGCCAAAAGUAUAACCAACGAGCCAUCAUCCGAAACCUCUGGAUCAUCCUCGAGACCCUUGGAAGAGGACAAGGAAAAUGCGAAUGACGAGGAAGCUCUUGACACGCCCUCGGGAUCAUCAGAGCCAGAAAUCGUUAGCAAGACCAAGAUCCCCGAAAGUUUGGAGGUGAUCGAACCCCAAAGCUCGCAGCAACCCGUGCUCAACGAGCGACCCAAUUCGAAUUCCUUGAAAGCCCCACCCGUGCCUAACUUCACGAAAAUCGUAGAUAACAGGCGCCGAGGAGGAUCCUUGCCCUUUCCCAGCGGUCGAGGUGCCAAAUUGGUGGAAAUGUCCAAGGCGGCCAAGAAGGGUGAGUCCUCCUCUUCCGGCUCCUCCUCUUCCGGCUCCUCGAGCUCCGCCUCCAGCGUGAAUGCGUCAGUGCCCCCUUUGAUGUCUCCCAAAGUGACACUGGACUGUGGGAAAAGCUCGUUCGGAGAGGAUCUCUUGGUCACGCCCACUCACCGCCAUAAGGAACCAUGGGAGAAGUACGUUCCUUCACCCAGUGAUGCUUCUCCGAGUGCCAGCAUCCUCAAGAAGAGGAAGAAGCGCCUUCUCGAAGAUCAGCAGGGGCUCGACCCAGAGCGACAUAACCGGGAAGAAGACGGCGUGGAAGACGGACCUCCUUCGUUGAAGAGACGGCGUGUUCAAUUCACGAAUCCACCCGUGUCUGAACGUGUGGAGAUCCCGCGAUUGACAUAUUUGGGAAAGUCCGUUCGACAGAGGUUAUCCACGACUAAAUUCGACAAGGACACGCCUUUGCUGCGUUCAAUCUCCGACCCCGGAGCGUCAGGUCCACCGUCCGACAGCGAUGAAGAGUCGCAUCAGAGUGCGGACUAUCAGGCCACGCCUCCCAUUGACAUGAGCUCGACGGAGAUGAUCUAUCCCACUCUCCGGGACAAUGAGGACCCGGUCACGUCGAUUUUGAGCUACUUGGCCUCGCCGAUUUGGCAGAAGGCGGCCGAGAAAAGCAUGUCCGAGAACGGGAUCACCAAGAUCGGCGACCUGGCUCGCCUCAUACCCGCUCACACCACCAAGAUCAAGGGCUUGUCCCCACCAGACAACAUGAGCACCAUCAAGGCCGCUCUCAAAAAGCACGAGGUGUCCAUUCUCCGGAAAUAUCGACCCACCUUGCCCGAUCCCAAGCGAUUGCCCUUGACUCCUGUGGUGAAGAAAAACGCCCCCGUCGUUGAUAUCAGCACCGCCGAAGAGAACGAGCAAAGAAUGAGAGAGGUGUUCGAGCGACCCUCGCCUUCACCUACCGAAGAAGUGGAAGCCCAACUGCCGCGGAUCUCGGAGAUCAACCAAAUCGUCUCCAAGGUAGUCGACUUGGACGAGGAGCCCGAGUUGUUGCCCGAGAUACCAGAAUUACCAGAGUUACCAGAAUUACCAGAAUUACCCACCAUCCUCAAUUCCUACCAGAAGCCCACCGGAUCUCAAUCCAAGAAGCCCAAGAUCAUCAUGAUAGAUGUGGAAUCGGGGACGGAUAUCGUCGAUCCGACGGACAAGGAGCAGCCCACCAGUCAGCCCACGCCUAAUACUAAUGUUGUCAAAAGUGCCGCCACUCAUACCGCAGUCAAUACGGAGUCCAUUCCCACUAAAGACGUGGAAAUGCAGACGCAAGAGACCGUUAUGAAGGCCUCGGAGAGUCAGACUGAUCCCCUCUCGGUGCAAGAGGCCUUCCAAGUAGCCUUGGAUAACCUCAGUCGUUUCGAUACGGCCAUGCUUUCGCAAAUCAUUGAGCAAUCUGCGAGUGCGCUCAAAUCCAAGCUCCCUACUUUCUAAUAUGAAUACGAAGCUUUGUAGAUUAUUACACGUCCGUCCGAAAUGUUUCAAGUUGUUGAAUCGAAAAUGUGUGCUAUCAUCUUCGUCUGGACCACGAACCCUUCAUGAUCCUGAGCUGUUUUUUGAGUGCCGUGGUGUAGCAAAUAAACCUUCUGAAUUGGAUACUUACUCGUA